AAUAUUUUGUCAAAUUUUUGUUUUAGAAACAUGGAGGUAUCACAUUCAUUAACUCUGAACGAGGCUGCUCUGCAGCAGCUGCCAGAUGAUAAGAAACCCCAUUUCAUAUUUGAAUGGUUGAGGUUUCUCGACAAAGUUCUUGUUGCUGCACAUAAGUCAGACCUUAAAAGCUGUCAGCAAAAGCUAGUGGCACAGUUAGUGAAUCUGCUUCGUGAAAAUCUCGGGCCUCCAGCUCGACGGCUACUCGCAAGAUGUCUAGCUACACUUUUCUCCGUUGGGGACACAUUUCUGCUUUUUGACACCGUGAACAAGUGCAAUGAUAUAAUAAAAGUCAAGGAUGACUCGCCAUCGUAUUUACCAACCAGACUAGCUGCAAUAUGCUGUCUCGGAAGUAUGUACGAGAAAUUGGGAAGGAUGAUGGGACGAUCAUACGAAGAAACGGUCACGACUCUUGUGCGGUCUAUGAAGAGUUCAGAGUCGCAAACUCGACUUGAGAUCAUGAAUACGCUUGAUAAGAUCUGCGUGGGCAUGGGCACGGCGCUGCGCGAGGUGUCGCGCGCGGCGCGCACGGCGCUGCUGAGCGAGCGCGCGAGCGGCGUGCGCGCGGCGGCCGCGCACGCGCUGCGCCGCAUGCUGCCGCUCACGCGCCUGGCGCCGGCCGACGUGGACGCGCUCGCCGCCGCGUGUCUGCGAGCAGCGCACCCUAGCGACUAUGCACUGAGAUGUGCUGUAGCUGAACUUUUAGGCGCUCUAAUAGCGGCUACUCAAGCUGGUGAAAUGACGAACAUCAAUAUUAAGAAUAAAAUAGGAAUGCAACCAGUGCAACAAAACAAGAAAGAUCCUCCCAAAAACGUGAUAUCACUAGAUGAAGCGCUUAAUUUAUUAAUGGGCGCGUUCCUCAGAGGAGGCACGUCAUUUUUGAAAGGCGAGAUUAUCAAAUCUGGCUCAGGUGUCAACAGAGAAGUUCGAGUUUGUGUUACUCAAGCGUACGUAGUGUUCGUACAGAACAUGGGCGGCGUGUGGUUGGAACGCAAUAUGACGACAUUCCUCACGCACGUGUUGGACUUGGUCGCUAACCCCAAGGCCGCUAGUUCACAUGUUGAUGCUGUUUACUCUAGGAAAUGUAUAAACUACAUACUGAGAAACACACUGGGAAAAAUGUUGGGAGAGAAAGCGCAAGCGUCGGCUUGUCGAGAGAUCAUACAGAUCGUCGCCAAGCAGAUGAACAGCAUCGACUUCAACCCUGAGAACGCGAAGGAUUGUAAUCAGGAGACGUUGUUCAGCCAGCAUCUACUCGUAUGUGCUUUGACGGAGGCGGGCGAGUUGGCUUUGCAGUUAGGCACUGCCGUGCAUAGCUUAGUCGCUGAUGCUUCUCUUGGCCUGCUAGACACCGUCUUUUCGGUGUUGGAGCACCCAUGCGUGGCAGCGCGCCUGGGCGCGGCGGCGUGCCUGCGCGGGCUGUGUCGCGCGCACCCCGCGCUCCUCACCCCCCUGCUGGACCGAGCGGCCGACGCGCUCGACGUGCCGCGCCCUACACCGCACCGCAUCUCCGGCUACUCGGCAGCGCUGGCGGCCGUGCUGGGCGCGGUGCAGCAGUCGCCGCUGGGCGUGCCGCACGGGCGCGGCAAGGUGGCCUUCAACGCGGCCGAGCAGCUGCUGCGCUCCGCCGGCCAGAGCAGCCGCCUCACGGCCGCGCGCACCUCCGCCGGCUGGCUCGUCGUGGGCGCCGUGUGCACUCUCGGUGUACCUGUCGUACGCGGCUUAUUACCUCGGAUGCUGUUAUUAUGGAGAAACAGUUUCCCUCGAUCAGCUAAAGAGCUCGAGUCAGAAAAAGCGAGGGGAGACGCGUUUACUUGGCAGGUAACGCUAGAAGGGAGAGCGGGUGCAUUGUCUGCUUUGCACAGCCUGCUCAUACAUUGCCCAUCACUGGUGAAUAAUGAGGACACUGCUAAGAGAUUGGCGCAACCUAUUGACGGGGCUAUUGCUGUUUUGACCAACGUGGGCACCGUAGUGCGUAACUACGGCGGGUCGCUGAAGGCCCCGGCGGCGCUGCUGCGCCUGCGCCUGUACCAAGCGUGCGCGGCGCUGGGCGCGGCGGGCGCGGCCCCCGCGGCGCCGCUGCUGCGCUUGCUGGCCGCCGAGCUGGCGGGCUCGGCCGACCCCAGCGGCGCCAAUGUGGCCACUGGAAUGUUACGAAGUGCUAUGCAUCCACGCGAUACUAUUCUUCUCGGCGAGGAAGGAUGGAUAUAUGACACAGAUCAUGCCGAAAUAGAAGAACAGUUAAUAUCGCCGCUUAGUGCAAGUGGCUCCAGUGCCUUAGAGCACGACCCGUGCUGCCUGUACCGGCGCUCGGCAGGUGCUCAGCCGCUGGGCGUGGCGGUCAUUGACGCCUCUGUUGCGCUCUUCCCGCAAAUAUUCGCGAGAGCGGCGAACAAACAUCGACAACAAAUGCUAGAGCACUUCGUGGAGUGUAUCAAGAUGUCGAAAGGUGCCAGACAAGAGGCGAUACAGAUUAACAUCUACACUGCUUUACUAUUGGCUCUGCGUACGCUCGCCGAGUUGAAAAGCUCCUUGGGCCAGGAAACUGUGAAGAACAUCGCUACUGAACUUAUUAUUAGCGGUCUAUCAGCUAACAGUGCCACCGUCCGCGCCGCAGCGGCGUCAUGCGCGGGUCGCUUGUGUGGUUGCAUCAGCGAGACAGAGAGCCAGGCUCUCAGCGAGCGUGUCAUUACCUUGGCACGUACGUCCGCCAACCGUCCUGUCCGAGCCGCCGCUGCAGCUGCUGUAGGCGCUGUACAAAGAGCGCGAGGUGCUGCUUCGAGCGCUGCAGCGCUGCCUGUUUUACGUGCACUGGCGCAGGACUCUUCUGCUGUUGAAGUGCAGGUGUGGUCACUCCACGCGCUGUCAGUUUUGGUGGACGCGUCGGGUCCCAUGUUCCGAAGUCACGUGGAGUCGACCCUUAACCUGGUGCUGAAGCUGCUGUUCACGGCUCCACCGUGCCUAGACGAUCUACACCGAAGUAUUGGGCGCUUAUUAGCGGCGCUUAUAACUGUUGUGGGACCGGAGCUACAAUCGUGCGGCUGCGCAGCGGUGGGCCGCUUCGUGUGCGCAUGCGCAGCGCUGCGCGAGGCGGGCGGCGCGCGCGCCGACGCCACGGGCGGCCUGCAGCAGCUGCACAUGUUCGCGCCCAACCACAUCAACCUGCCCGCGCUCGUGCCGCAGCUCUGUCGUGACCUAUCCAGUCCGGAGCUGUCAGUGCGGCGCGCGGCGCUGUGCUGUCUGCGGCAACUGUCGCAGAAGGACGCGGCAGACGUGUGCAAGUAUGCCAUGCUGGCCAAGGACCACGUGCCGCCUAAGCCUUAUUGCGGGGUGGUAAUAAAUGACACCGGUCUUCCAGGAGCGUUGUUCGCAUACUUAGACAUGGAGCGUGAUGAGACCGCUCUGUCGUAUGCUCGCGACACUCUAACUUUCUGUCUAUUGGCGGCCGCCGCUAACAGAUCCGUUAAAGAUUGGCUCGUGUUGACUAAGCGAGUGUUGACCGUGAGAUUGGAGGACAGCAAAAACCCGGAGACAGAUUUCGAUGCUGAAGGCGAUGACGAUCAAGCUGAGUUCCAUGCGGAGAGUGAGCAGUCCACUCACCCCGCCGUGCAGCCGAGGUGGCCAACAAGGGUGUUUGCCAUGGAAUGUAUACAGAAGCUAAUGAGCGCUUGUGAGGCGACAGGCGAUAGCGCUCAUUUCGAUCUUGUCAAGGCAAAAGAGAAGCUGCAAAGUGACCCUAAUGGCGACUACCUGUCGCUGCACCUGUCGGACCUGGUGCGCAUGGCGUUCGUCGGCGCCACGGGCGAGUCGGACGCGCUGCGGCUGUGCGGCCUGCGCACGCUGCAGCUCGUCGUGCAGCGGUACGCGCGCGCGCCCGAGCCCGACUUCCCCGGCCACCUGCUCAUGGAGCAGUACCAGGCGCAGGUGGGCGCGGCGGUGCGGCCGGCGUUCGCGCGCGACACGGCCUCGCACGUGACGGCGGCCGCCUGCGACGUGUGCUCCGCCUGGAUCGGCUGCGGCGUGGCGCGCGACAUCGGCGACCUGCGCCGAGUUCAUCAGCUACUGGUUUCAAGUUUGGAUAAGUUAAAUAAAAAAGGCAACACCACGCUCAUCUACAACGAAAGUAUGGCUACAUUGGAGAAGCUGUCAAUUCUAAAAGCUUGGGCUGAGGUAUACAUAGUAGCAAUGGUCAGUAACGACAGCGCACCCGGCAGUUACGUAAAACAGCUCGAUACAAAGCCGGUCAACAAUCGCGCCGAACUGGCAAAAUGGCGCAAUCAAGUUCUCCAAGAAAAUAAUCAGAUAGACAACGCCAACCAGGAUAGUUCCGAAGACGACGAGUAUGGAGAGUUUGAGUCGAAAGGCGAGAGUUUGCUCAAACUCGUCGAACCAGAAUUGGAGAGUUUGGGAGAAAACUGGUUGGCUGCUUUGAGAGAUCAUGCUCUAUUGAGUUUGCCACCUGAGUUCGCGUCGCAGCUGCCGCACGGCGGCGGCGCCUUCUACUCGGCGGAGACGGCGGAGGCGUCCCGGGCGCACUACGCGCGCGCCUGGCCCUCGCUGCUGUACGCGGCCGCGCUGCGCUUCAACGCGGGCACCGCCGCCCCCGCCCCCGCCCCCGCCCCCGCUACUGCUGACGAAGAAAAAUCUAAUGAAAACAUGGAUAACCGAAAGAACAAAAGUGAAAAUGGAAAUUUCGAAUUCUUCGAACCUGAGGACGAAAAGUUCCAUCUGUUAUUCGGUAUUUGUAUGGAAGCUCUUUGCGCACAGCGUGACAUGAGCGUGGAGAACACGAUAUCAGUGUUGCUAUCUUUAGUGACUUUACUCGAUGCUCCUGAAAAUAGUGCGAGGUUGCUCAAGGACAGGGCGCUGGCGAUCGAGCUGUGCCAGAUAGUGCACCGCGCGGGCCUGACGCAGGACAGCGUGGGCGCGCUGCUGCUGGCCGCCGACGUGCUGCGCCUGCUGCUGGCCGCCGCGCGCCGCGACCUGCAGCGCCUCAUGUGCGACAAGAUACGAGAAUUAGCACCAAAUGAACCGACAGAAAGUAUCCCACAAUCUGUAUUAGAAGUUGUUCAUACAUUAGGGGAGGGUGGACCAACGGGUGACCUUCCCCCAGGAAAGUCACUAGUAUUCGCGUGUUUGGAAGUGUGUAUCUGUCUACUCGUACGAAGACUGCCGGCUCUGAGCCCGUUAAAACAAGAGGGCAGAGUGGGCGUGAUUGGAACAAGAAAGGGCUUAGGUGUUCACGGAGAUACGCUGUUGAUCAAGAGUUUGGCUUGUAUGUCUGAAUUGACUACACUUACAAGUCCACAAGGCGCGCUGUCCGUGCUGCCGACCGUGCUGUUCCUGGCGACGGAGAUCCUGCGCGAGGGCCGCGGCGACGCGCUGCUGAGCGACGCGGGCGUGCUGCUGCUGCAGCGGGCGGCGGACUGCCGCGCGGCGCGCCUGUCGCCGCCCGCGCGCGAGCGACACGAGGCGCUGCUGCAGGCCACGCUGGCCAAGCUGCUCGACGGCGUCAAGACCGAGGAGCCGGAGCAGCGCAUCGACGCGGUGGCGGGCGCGCGCGCGAUGGCGUGCGUGCUGGCGCGCGCCGCGCCCGCGCCGCCGCUGCACUACCCCUGCGUCAACCACUUCCGCCAGCUGCUGGACACCGGCGACCACGACGUGUUCGCCUCGUGCUGCGGCGUGCUGCGCGGGCUGUGGGGCGGCGCGGGCGCGCGCGUGUCGUGGUGGGCGCGCGCGCUGGCGGGCCGCGUGGUGGCGCGCGCGGCGGCGGCGCGGCGGCCCGCCGGCCCGGCGCAAGUGCGCGCCGCCACGGCCGCCGUCGCCGCGCUGGACGAGCUCGUCGCCGCCGCGCCCGAGCCGCGCCCAACACGUCGUACAGGUAUACAGAUGCUGUGGAUUUUAGUGCCAAUAGUGAUCUCGUAUCUCCAUGAGCCGGAAGACGUGGUCCGCAUUCCGCACGUUCGCACUCUGCACGAGUUCGCUCUCAAUUGGCUUAUGCGCAUCGGACCGAAAUAUCCACAGGAAUUUAAAACAAUGAUGCAACAGUCUCCCGAACUACGUACGAAGUUAGAGAGCGCGGUGAAGGCGAGUCAGGCGAGUCGCGCGAGCCGCCGGCCGCCGCCCUCGAGGCCCUCCUUCGAAACGCGGCCCGCCAAGCCGACCAUACAGCUGAAGACUGACUUUAGCGAUUUCAGGUGA